AUGUCUGGAGUAAGAACAGUGUCGUCAUCUUCGGCCAAUGCCAAAAGCUAUGAUUCAAUCAUGAAGAUUCUUUUGGUCGGAGACUCUGGUGUGGGAAAGUCCUGCUUACUAGUCAGGUUCGUAGAGGACAAAUUCAGCCCCUCAUUUAUUACCACGAUCGGAAUUGAUUUUAAGAUCAAAACGGUGGACAUCAAUGGGAAGAAAGUCAAAUUGCAGUUGUGGGACACGGCGGGUCAGGAGCGGUUUAGAACAAUCACGACCGCUUACUAUCGUGGGGCGAUGGGCAUAAUAUUGGUGUACGACGUAACGGAUGAAAGAACGUUCUCUAACAUCAAACAAUGGUUCAGUACUGUCAACCAGCACGCCAACGACGAGGCACAGCUUUUGUUAGUCGGAAACAAAAGUGACAUGGACACACGCGCGGUGAGCACAGAUCAGGGCGAGGCGCUCGCUAAAGAGCUCGGCAUUCCUUUCGUUGAGGCGAGUGCGAAGGACGAUACUAACGUCAAUGAUAUCUUCUUUCUUCUGGCCAAACUCAUUCAAGAGAAAAUUGAUAGCGAGAAGUUGGUGGGUAACACUGGUCGCGACGGUAGCGUCAAUGUCGGAGCCGCGGGCAAUAACUCAAAGUCCAACUGUUGUUAA